UAUAAAUGAAAUUCUUCACAAACACAGGGAGAGAGAUGGACGAUACGGAGAAAAGGCUUUAUGAAGCUGCAAUUGACGGCAACACAGUCGCCCUACAAGAACUGCUAGCAAACGACGGACUGAUUCUGGAGAGGAUAACAGUGACUUGUUUCCACGAGACCCCGCUGCACAUAGCCGCCAUGCGAGGCCACGUUGAGUUCGCAGCUGCAAUUCUGGAACGCAACAUUCAACUCGCUUCAGAGUUGGAUUCCCGCAAGUUAUCUCCCCUUCACGUCGCAUCAGUGAAAGGGUAUGUGCAGAUGGUGAAGCUGCUGGUUUCGGCUUGCCCUGAGAUGUGCGUGGCGCGCGAUCGAUAUGGCAGGAACCCUCUCCACCUUGCCGCCAUGAAAGGCCGGCUUGGAGUUGUGGCAGAGCUUUUGAGGAGUAGACCGGAGGCCGCUCGACAAAGGACUGAUUUCGACGAAACUGUUCUGCACUUGUGUGUGAAAUACAAUCAGUUGGAAGCUCUCAAGAUGGUGUUGGAGAGCAUAGAUGGUGGUGAUGAUGAGUACGUGAACGCAGUAGAUUCUGAUGGAAAUACCAUUUUGCACUAUGCUGCUUCUGACAAACAAACUCAGAUUGUGAAAAACUUUGUAAGAAACAAACAAGCAGAUGUGAAUGGAAACGGAAAAACAGUGAUUGAUGACACUACAUUAGCACAAGAGGAAAGAGAAUUAUCCCAAGAAUGGCUGCAGCUGCCGGAAAUUACUGAAGAACCUCCCUCAACGGGCGGAGGCGCCGCCAUGGGAGCCCGACACGACACUCCUAACAAUCCCCAGGCAACCCAUCAAGCAGAAAGGCCGCCGAGAAGAAAGACCGGAGGGGCAAUUAUGGUGGCGGCCUCAGUCCUUGCAUAGAUGACAUUCCAGGCCGGAGUCAC